AUGGCGCGACUCGCACGACAAAGCGAUCUCGAGGCGGCGGAGGACCGGAGCGGACCACGCGGCCAGGGCGGCGUCCACGCGCUCGGGGCUGCAGUAGCGGAGGGAGAGCUCGGGGAGGUGGGUCCAGACGCGGCGCCAGCGACGGGAGAGGACGCUGGUGCGCGCCGCGUCGUCGGUGCUCGGAAGGCAGAUCAGGAUGCGGUGGAGGAGGUGAUCGGGGAGGUCGCUGAUGCGAUCGGCCCCGCCCCCGAGGCAGCUGUCGACGACGACGUUCCCCUGAUCCGCGACCAUGAUCUUCCUGUCGCAGAUCUCCAGCGGCGGACGGCGACUUCGACAAAUGUUCCCUCCGAUGCCGAUGUCCUUUUAGUUGCCGCCGCGGUGACCUCAAUUCCGAACCCAGAAACCUGGAAUCCUUUGGAAUUGACUAAUUCAGACCUCCGCGGCGCCGCUCCUCCUCGUCUCGUCUCCCCCGCUAGCGGCCUGCGGCCACAGCACUACAGAUCUGGUAUCAUGAGUGCAAGUAAUGGGAAGAAGAAGUAUAGGGGCUAUCUUACUUGGACGGAUGAUAUGGAUCAGGUGCUCCUGGAUGUUCUUGUUGAGCAUCACAACAAUGGGGAUCACACAGCAACCGGGUGGAAGCCACAUGUAUACACUGCAGCAGUGAGGAAUGUGCGGGAGAAGUGCAACGUGGACAUCACAAAGGACCAUGUGAUGUCAAGAUGCAAGACGUUCGACAAGCACUGCAAUGUACUUGGCAGAAUACUCGCUCAUGAUGGAUUUGAGUGGGAUCAGGAUAGGAACAAGCUUGUGAUUCACAAUGAGGAUGCUUGGAGCAGAUACAUAGAGAAAAACAAAGCUGCUGCUUGCUAUCAGCAUAAAGUUAUCAAGAACUGGGGUGCAAUAAGCCUAAUAUUCUCCAGAGAUCCUUCUGCCACAAGUGAAGAUGUCAGUGCAGGUGCUGAGAAUGGCCAAGAGUUGGCAACGAAGUGUGCCGAAGAUGUCCAGGACCAUACUCCAAGUUCACCUUCAACAUCUGGACCUAGCAGUCAAUACCGUCCUGGACCACCCUUAAUGACCCAAUCAAACAAACAAGGCAGGAGGAAGAGGUUCAGAACAAAUGAUGCUCUCUUUUGCAUGUCUGGUGACAUCAAAAAUUCGUUCCAAAUAUCUAUGAAGUCAAAUGAGACUCUAGAUGAGCCAAACAGUGCAUCCCCUAAGGAAAUCUUUGCAACACUUCAAGCAAUACCCAACCUAGCACGUGAUGACUUGCUAAGGGCCUAUCGUAUCCUCACAAGCAGUGAUCGUAAGUUUGAAUGUCUUAGGGUACUUCCAAUGGACAUGAGGAAGGAUUGGUUGUUGAUGGAGAUUGGGAAGAAGUGA